AUGGAACACGAGGGAAGGCAGUGCUCAUGUGCCCUGCUGACCCAUGCUGCCCUGUGUGCUGCCCUGUGUGCUGCCCUGUGUGCUGCCCUGUGUGCUGCCCUGUGUGCUGCCCUGUGUGCUGCCCUGUGUGCUGCCCUGUGUGCUGCCCUGUGUGCUGCUCACUGUGCUGGUUCUGCUGUGAUGCAGGUGCAGGCGGUGCUGCUGCUGCUGGGAGGCAGGGAGGUGCCGCCAUCCAUGGUGGGCAGUGUUCCCCAGCACCACUUCAAGGUGCCCCCCGCCCACUCCCCCCCUCUCCCUCCCCCUCCCCCUCCCCCUCCCCCUCCCGCUCUUCCGCCGUCCUCCUACCCGUCCUCUUUUUCACCCCUCCCACCUCCUGCCCUCGUCCUCUCCUUCCCACCUCGUUCAUGCCGCUCAUUCUCACUUCCUACAUUCCUUCUCGUUGUCCCACAGGCGUCCCUCCUUCCCUUCCCUUCCCCUCAUCUUCCUGCGUCCAUGCACGUGCGGCAUGUGGGGGGGGGAGUGGGGGGCGACCUGCCGGUGCGGCUGAACCAGCCGCAGCGCCUGGCGUCUCUCAACCGCUUCCGGGAGAAGCGCAAGGAGCGCAACUUCGACAAGAAGAUCCGCUACAGCGUGCGCAAGGAGGUGGCGCAGAGGUGA